CACACACACACACGGUGCUUGUUAAUAGGCUCCAGAUGCCUUUACAGAAAACGCACGUCUGCAGGCUGUGUGGAUUGCCUUUUCCCUUUUGAACCACGCAGAUGUGAAUCUAUCUUUCUGACAUCGACAAAACAAAAAGAUUAUGGGGUUGUGUGCAAUUUCUGAACACGUGGGAAGCGUAUUUAAGAGGCUGGCGUCUGUGCGCGCGUCCUCCGUGUGAUGGAGGAGCGCGGCGGUGGUGCAUCGGUGGAACUGAGUGAGAGGUGCAGAGGACAUAAUCAAUGAAGACACCGAGGGCUCCUGUGCGUUUGGACAAGGUCACAGUCUAGCCUGGGAAAGAAUAUGUCCAUGCGAAGACAACAAGGACGGACUUUUACGCUUCCUCUCGGGGGAAGAGGUCGCCUGGAGAUGUCCCCUGACAACCAAGAGUUUCUCUCUGUGUUGGAUUGCAGAAGCAGCAGAAAUCCUUCCAUCUGCAUGGAUUGGGCUUAAUUAUUGACAACCUUCAAGCUUCAGGCUUCAUUCUUUUCUCCCUCAGCCCGGAGAUAAAGUUUCUUCGCUCUGCUCGACGGGUGGGUGAUUUAUUUGGCCACCUCUUUGUAUAAUUUCACCCAGUUGAACCCAGUUGAAGUGAAUUAGACGCUGCUGGUUUAAAAAGAAAAGAAAAGGGUGAGCAAGAGGUGGAUUGAAUUCCAUCAGAGCGCCAUCAAAACAGCGGCGGCCAGCUGCGUUUCUGGACGGUCACAUCUGUCGUUGUUGUCGUCGCUGUCCAUGGUGCUGAACUCGAGCUCCAGGAAUGGUGGAGACGCUGAGUAUCGCAGUCAUCGGUGCUCCCGGAGUGGGGAAAACUUCUAUAAUCCGCCAGUUCAUCUAUAACGAUUUCUCGGAGGUGUACACGCCGACCAGGACCAGAUAUGUGUACAGACCCUCCGUCAUCCUGAACGGCAACAUGUAUGAGCUGAAGAUUUUGGACGUCCCGCCAAUCUCCUCCUUUCCAUCCAGCUCCAGUCAGGAGUGGCUGGAUUUGCGCUGUAGAGGUGUUCGCAAUGCAAACGCCUACAUCCUGGUGUACGACAUCUGCUGCGUGGAGAGCUUUGAAUACGUCAAGAUGAUCAGACAGCAGAUAGUGGAGCACAGGGAAGGCAGCAGCAGUGAGGUGCCAAUCCUAGUGGUGGGCAACAAGAGAGAUCUGCAGCGGCAGCGCUUCAUGCCUCGCAGGGCGGUGUCAGUCCUGGUGAAGAAGACCUGGAAGUGCGGUUAUGUGGAGUGCUCUGCCAAGUUUAACUGGCACGUAGUCCUGCUCUUCAAAGAGCUGCUGGGCAUCGCCGUGGCACGGGGCAUGCGCCAGAACCACACCUCCAUCCGUCUGCAGGGGGCGCUGCAGAGGAAUCGCUGCACCAUCAUGUGACCCAGAGAGCUCCCUCCACCCCUCUCACCUCAGGAGUGGAGCAACAGUGGAGAAAAAAAUGACUUUUUAUCUAAAUGGCUGGAAAACAUACCCCGUGGCCUCCUGCUUUACUGAGCUGAUUUUUUGCAUAAUGAGGUUUAUUAGUCUCUUGCGCUGUAAAAGACACUCACAUUUCACACAUGGUCAUCCAACCACUUCCUAGUCAGAUUCUGCCAAAUGUGUAAAUACAAGGAAGGAGGAAGGAGAGACAGUAAGUGAAACCCAAUAUGAAUAACAACGCACAGUUAUUUUUUCUCACAUCAACUCGACAGUUACUUGUUUGAGGCUGUGCUUCUCAAAUUACACAGCAACAGGUUUUAUAGAGAGUUGUGUCGUGGCUGCAGCUGGGCCUGGCGGGGGAAGCUGUGUUUGUGAGACACAAAACGAAGACGCAACAAUAUCGAGUCUUCCUAUCGAAUUUGUCAUUCAGUAAGGUCAACAGCAGAUGCUCAAAUCGGACAAAUUUUGAUUUGAUUUAAGGUUAAUGGUCAACAAGAUAGAAUAAUACAGCGUAAUAAAAUAGCUAAAGCUUCACUUCUGGGGGGAUUAUCUCGAUAUGAUUAGAUGGUGUUUGAUUUUAGAUUCUGAGAAGUAGCCUGCAUUUUUUUCUUUCCCUGUCCCUGUUUCCAACUUGGCCUACAGUGAAAGCUGUUUGUUCAGAUGAAGGGGGUUGUAAGGUUGUCUUGCAGCAGAAAAUGGUGCAGUCCCUAUCAUGAUGUAGUAGAGCUUUAAUCUGCUCCCUCCCCUUACUCAGUAUCUGUUUCUGAUGAAUACAUUAAAGCUGCAGAGCCUGAAACAAGAACCUGUAAAUGCACUGUAGAUGUUUAUAUACUGUGUGUGUGUGUGUGUGUGUGUGUGUGUGCUUAUA